CCUGAAGCUCGUGCAGCUCUGUUUUGAAAUUCCACAAGCAAACGUGUUCAUAAAUGUAAAAAAAAAAGUCCUGUAAACCGACCUCGUGCUGCUCUGUUUUGUCAUGCCAACGAAUAAUAGAAAGAAGCAGGGAGCUGACACUGCGGUGCAGGGGACUAAUGACAGUAGUGUGGUCAGUAAGGUGUCUGCUGCCACACAGGGAUACUUCCAGGAUCUUUUCCUCCAACAUUUCGUCAGCAAAGUGGCCAGAAGAGCCCCGCUCAUCAACAGGGGCUACUAUGUGCGCUGGAAAGCCGUGGAUCACUGCGUGAAAAAGUUUUUGCAGGUUACGGAGCAAUGCAGUAGGAGGCAGGUUUUGUCUCUGGGCGCAGGAUUUGACUCUUUGUAUUUUCGGCUACAUGCCGAGGGAGAGCUGGACAGAGUUGCUGUCUUUGAAGUCGACUUUCCAGAUGUGACACGGCGAAAGGCAGCUCUGAUCCAAUCCAGUGACACACUGAGGGCGAUGUUGGAUCCACAAGUCCAAUUUCCAACAGGUGCUGUUUGUGUGUCCAGUCAUCAGUACCACCUGUUAGGAGUGGAUGUCAGAGAUGAGUUGGCGGCACAGGAGGUUCUCAGUCUAGCUGGACUGGACUGGACGGUCCCAACUGUGAUUCUCUCCGAAGUUGUGCUCACCUACAUGGAGACAAAAUGGUCGGACUCAGUGAUCAGUUGGACCUCCAAGCUUCUGCCUCACUCACUGUUCGUCAUGUACGAGCAGAUUCAUCCCAACGAUCCUUUUGGACAAGUCAUGCAGGAGCAUUUCCUCAAACUGAAUUCUAAGAUCCACGCGCUGCUAAAGUACCCCGACACUGCGGCGCAGAUGAGGCGGUUUCUGGACAGGGGCUGGGACAAGUCUGUGUGUCUGGAUAUGAACAACUUCUACCUGAAGUUGAUCCCAGAAGCGGAGAGAUGUCGGGUGGAGGUGCUGGAGCCUUUUGAUGAGUUUGAGGAGUGGCACCAGAAAUGCUCCCACUACUUCAUCCUCACAGCCUCACGAGGUCCUCUGGCGGCAGCAGCUCUGCUGGCCCACCCUCAUGCAUCCCUAGACUUCCCACUGUCUUGGAGCUCCACCCUUCUGAAGGUGAGGACAACACCAGUCAACGUGGAGGGUCUGGGGAUGACCUCUUCUGUAGUGGAUAGGGACCAGGUUCUGCUGGUGGGAGGCUGUAGCAGAGUUGGACGUGGAAAGCAAACCAGAGUUCUUCGCCGAGGUCCUGAGGGCUGGAUGUGUGUCAGUGUGGAGCCGUCGGAGAUCCUCGGCGUUCGAUUGUACCACACAUCCACCCCUUUACCAGGAGGGGGCGCUCUUAUCUAUGGUGGCCGCUUGUCCCCGCUGAAUUCAGUGAAGGGUGACCCCAUUAGAGUCACAGUAGCCCCCAAGGUUUCAUCGACAGUGUCUGACUGUGGGAAGCAAAAUGAGGCUUUAGAGCUAGUUACAGAGGAGAUGGCAUGUGCUGGUGCUGCUCCUGCCCCCCGGUGGAGACACUCAGCCACUGUGGUCCGUCACAGAGGGGAACAUUUUGUCUUUGUGUUUGGUGGUAAAAACGAGUCUGCGCCUUGUCUGGCUGAUUCUUCCUUCCUGUGUUUGGAGCAGAAACGCUGGACUCAGAUACCACUAGAGGGCGCAGCUCCCGAGGCUCGACAUUCACACUCAGCAUCCGCAUACCAGGGAGGUGCGUUGAUAUUUGGAGGAUUGGGAAUGUGUGGAGAGUCCCUGGGGGACCUGGCCUUACUUAGACCCACAGAAAGGGGCUUCUGUUGGGAGACCCUGCCUCUGAACCCCCCACCUGUCCCCAGGUAUUCCCACCGCUCUCAUGUGAUUGGACGUCAUCUCUGCGUGGUGGGGGGAGUGUGGCUGCAUUCACACCAGGUCCCUGGAGUAGUCCUGAUCAACCUGGAAACCUACACUAGUGUGGAGUUUCCUCUGGACACUACGUCUGUCCCGCGGCCCCUGAUGCUCCACUCCUUCUGCUCGGAGCUGAUGGACCAGACAGAGCUUCUCCUGAUCGGCGGUGGAGGGAACUGCUUCUCUUUCGGCACUCACUUCAACCCCCAGCUGCUCUGUGUGGACCUGCUGCCAGCACUGGGACCGUAAAGUGAGUCCAAAGUGCUCAAACUUCUGACCGAACUGCUGUGUUUGAGACCACUUGCCCCAUAUUAUUUGUAUACAGAUGAAGUGGAGUCGCCAGAGACUCUUGAGAUGCUCACAGGACAGUUUUUAUUUGACCUCAGUUCAAAACCACUAAAAAAAAAUUCAAAUCAUCUCUUCGUCACAAAGUGUGUGGUUCUGCUCGGAUGGAUCAUUCGUUGAAGCGUCGGAAGGACUGGACAGCGGGGCCCACGGCGCCCCAGUCUCCGGGCUUGCGGUACUCGCCCUUCUCCAGGAAGUACUGGCGUCCGCGGUAGUUGGGGUGCUCGUAGAAGACCCACCAGCCGUCGUAGACCUUGCAGGAGUUGACCCCCCUCCAGCGGAACUUCUCCAGGAUGGAGGGGCAGUCCUCCGUGGCCUCGUAGGCCUGACCGCCAAAGUCUGCCUUCUCAUACAGCUGCACCUUGUAGGGGCCACCGCUGGUCUGCAGGGAGAGAAAGCUCGUGAGAUCAUUGUUGGACUUUGGUUGUCACGGUAACUAUAAUUAGAUCGCUCGCUGGCGGCCAUCGAUCGGUUUUAGGAGGGAAAUGGAAUCUGCCUGCAGGCGGUGGGUCGACCAAUUGGAGAGGGCGGUCCAGCUGAGUCACAUGACCAGCUUCCAGUUUAACUAUCUGCCUCAGUGUUUAACCAAAGUUUUAAAGUAGUUAUGUUCACAGUUCAGUCCAUUUUUCCUUUGUUGACUUUAAUGUUAUUUACUCAUUUUAUUUCAACAUGGAAUGAAAGUGUGAAUUACUUACUAUUUCUUUGCACAUUGUUUUUAAACCUCAAUGAGUUAACUUGCUUUUCUACAAAAUCAGAUUUUUCUGCCUGGUUAUUUAAAUGCGUCAUGGUGGGUCAAAUUCAGGAGCCUCUCAACAGCAUUAUUCCCACCGCUCUGACUCUGACCUCACACCUGUCACAUCAGAAAUGAUUCCCGAUUGAACUCACAAAGUGGAUCAUCUUGCAGGAGCUGAGUCUGUCGUUGAGGCCCAUCCAGCGCUGGUACUCCGGGUACUCCCCUCGGGUCAGGACGUACUGGUAGCCCAUGUAGUUGGGCCUCUCGUAGACCACCCAAGACCCGCUCUCCACCCGGCAGGAGUUGCAGCGGCUCAGGUAGGCGUGGAAGUCGGAGCAGUCGCUGUCACACUCAUAGCGGCGACCCUGGAAGUUCUUGUCCUCAUAGAAGAUGAUCUGUGGUCGACAAAGACAAAAGCAUCUUUAACAAGCUUCUCUCGGUGCUGCUCUGCCCCCAGUCAGAGGCUGCGACCUCAAAUAGAGGGUGGGUUUGCCUUCUAGCCUUCUAGCUCAGCUCAUUCCCCUCAGAACUGACACCAAUCUGCUCGACUCCUUUCUUGGUUAUUUGAAGGCUCUGACUGAGAACAUCCCAUAAUACCAGGGAAGUACCUGUAUUUGACUCUAAGACUCACCCGGCCCAUUGUGGACGAAUGUUUCAGUUGUUGCUAACCGGAGCUGCUGCUGCUGCUUCCCCUGAGGUCUCGAUGUUGCUGUGGACCGUCCGCGGCUCCCUUUUAUACCCGAAGCUCGCCUGGCAACAAUCGCGUUGUCAUGAAAAUGAGAUCCAAAAAUUGAGUCAGUGAUUCCAGCGCUAUUCAGUUUUUCCAGAAAAGCGAGAUAGGAUUAUGGCAUAAAGGGCCGGGCACUGCCAGCAACCAUUGACCCCCGCUGGCAGGCUGUUGUGCCCACCUCCCGCUGCCCCCUCUGCACGUGCCCGCACCGGCAGCUGCCCCCACCUGGUGAGCGGCCGCCAGGCCAGGGGCUUAAUUCAGAUGAAUCCAGACUGCAGCUUUGUCCUGAAUAAAAUAAUCGGUUAUUGAUGGAAGUGAUCAAAAGCGCCGGUGCGACAGUUUGCAUACAACGAAGUUCUCUGCUCAAAAGAGUGUCCGUCUGAAGUUUCUCGAGUGAGGGUUCUGCUGUUUAUCAGCGCGUUGUUGCGGAUGGAACACUUGUUUAUCUGAACGCUGCAGUUUAAUCUUGCUGAUUCAGUUUAAUUGGAUUUUCAAUGCAGCGCUCAUACGAUCACAACCAACCUGGAAUAAUCGUGCAGGUGCGACAGUCAGGCCCGCAGAGAAGUUUGAGCAAUUACGUUUUCAAAAAUGAGGAUUGUGUGAUGGGUUCUCAUGUAUCAUGGGUAGUAUCGGCUUCAUGUCACACUUUUGACAGGUGAGUCCAAGACCCCAGGUGAGACGCGCAUGUGUCGACAUACGAUGCUCAGCUUCUUCCUGCAACUGUACAUAGCCAUCUGCAUCACUACUUCGUUGCUCAACUCUGUUCUGUUCACGUGACUCACCAGAUGUUGUGUAGAUGUAAGGUCUUAAGUUCAUAUACUCUCAAUGGAAGAGCGGGCGAACUGGUACUUGGUGAACUUGGACAAACCUGAAUUGUGAGUCUGUUGAUGGAGUCUGGAGAGCUGUUCUCUUGUACUCAGUAGUUAUCCAGGUUUACGGUCAUCACAUUUGCCACGGUGAAUUCUCUUGCUAUAUUCAUUAGUCCAAAGUGCAUGCAGAGCGACUUGGAAUUUUUGAGAACUUUUUUUUUUUUUUUUUCGCUUUUGUAGUAAUCUUAAAUGUUGUGACUUCAUGCACAUCCUGUACAUUCUGGCCCAAGUUAGUAUCCUGAUCCAUGUUUGUCUGACUUCCAGUUCAGUGUGUUCAAACCAAUAAAAUAACUCUUUUUUUUUUUUAUUAAGUGAUCUAUUUGAUACAGCAUGUUACAUUCAGGCUCAAGUUCAGGAGAAACAGCAAUAAGGCAUUUGAUGAUGGGUCAUACAGUAACACUUGAGCUUCCCUUCACAUGGUUUCAGGACGGUUUCAGUACAUGAGGCACAUUCAUGAAAUCUAAUAUUCAACAAGGAGCAGAAAACAGAGACACACACACCCAAUUCAUGAUGUGAAUGACAGUGCCAGCUCAGGAGUAUGAGUCGUCGUCCGUUUGUUUCAACCCUCCAGCAUUCAGCACCUGAGCUCUAGUCUCACAGCUGACAGGAUUCUUCUACCGUGGUUCAGGGAUCCAGUCAAGUCAACGUUCCGACUGAAGGUGCAGCAGGGUCUGGGAUGUAAUAUUAUGGCUGAUAAAUUAGUAUAUAGUAGUUCCAACUGCAUGAACUGCAGCGUGAGAUAACUGAGCUGCUCGGCCACGGCUGUUCUUAGCAGGUGAGCGAUGACCGGGCAUCCAUCUUGCCACACAUGGACUCAGGACCAGCUUUGUCCCCGUCACAGGUCUUGAGCUGUGACGUGGAGGGUGGGAUCAGACUGUCCAGUUCCUGCCUGUGUCCCGUCUCCUGCAGCCACUCGCGGAACUUUGCUUCCACCAGCUUCUGGAACCUGCUCUUCUGCUCCCUGAAGAGUGACCAUAACGUUGCUCAGUGGAACAAACAGGAGUCAAACAUGUCCACAGUUAAGACAAGCUUCAGC